AUGGCGUCUUCGGCUAACAAGCACUCGGACAAGCAUGAGCACAACUACACCAUGAUGCAGGCGUUCGAGUGGUACACGCAGGGCGAAGGCAAGCACUGGCAGUGGCUCGGCGACAACGCCAAGCGCUUCGCCGACAUGGGCAUCACCGCCGUCUGGAUCCCCCCGCCCACCAAGGCCAGUUCCGGCUCCAGCACCGGCUACGACAUUUACGACACCUGGGAUCUCGGCGAGUUUGCGCAUCCCCGCGACAAGGAUGCAGGCCUGCAGCCGCCGCACCGCACCAAGUACGGCACGCGCGAGCAGCUCGAGGCGGCCAUGAAGGAGCUCCGCAAGAACGGCAUCUCGAUCUACGUCGACGCCGUGCUCAACCACCGCAUGGGCGCCGACGAGCUGCAGACCUUCAAGGCACGCAUGGUCGACCAGAACGACCGCACCAAGCUCUGCUCCGACGCUUACGACAUCGAGGGCUGGACCAAGUUCACCUUCCCCGGUCGCGAUGGCAAGUACUCGGAUUUCAAGUGGGGCUUCGAGCAUUUCACGGGCGUCGACUGGGACCAGAAGGCCGAGACCAAGGCUAUCUUCCGCAUCGAGGGCGAUGGCAAGCACUGGGCCACGGACGUGGACAAGGAGAACGGCAACUACGACUUCCUCAUGGGUGCCGAUGUCGAUCACGCGCAUCCCGAUGUGGCGAAGGACAUCCUCAACUGGGGCGCCUGGAUGAUGCGCAACUUCCCCAUCGCAGGCUUCCGCUUCGAUGCGGUCAAGCACAUGUCGCGCGACUUUGUCCACGACUUUGUCAAGCACAUCCGCGAAGAGGCGCGCAGGCUGCGCAAGGAGCGCGGCCUCGAGGCUGCCGACGAGAGCGAGGGUCCGAUCGCCUUCAGCGUGGGUGAGUUCUGGAAGGAUGAUCUCGACUCGUGCCUCAAGUACCUGGGCAACUUUGGCGACGAGCAGUUCUCGCUCUUCGACACACCGCUGCAUUACAACAUGAAGGAAGCCGGCGAUGCCGCCGAGAAUUACGACCUGCGCAAGAUCUUCGACAGCACCAUCGUACAGAAGCGACCCAUCGACGCGGUCACGCUUGUCGAGAACCACGACACGCAGAAGGGCCAGGCGCUCGAAUCCACCGUCUCGGCCCAGUUCAAGCCGCUUGCCUACGCGCUCAUCCUCAUGCGCGUUUCGGGCUACCCUUGCGUCUUCCUGGGUGAUCUCGACGGCUGCAACACGACUGGCAUCGACAAUGGCGAAGGCAAGGCUGAGCCUAUGGCGGAUCUGGACAAGUUCCUCAAAGCUCGCAAGUACUAUGCCUAUGGCGAGCAGCGCGACGUGUGGGACCAUCCCAACUGCGUCGCGUGGGUCCGUACGGGCACCAAGAACCCAGACUCCUCGGUAGACGACGACGCCGGCUACGAUGCCUCGGCCACCAUCAUCUGCAAUGGAACCGAACAGGGCUCCAAGUGGGUCGAAGUCGGAAAGCGCUACGUAGGCAAGAACUUUGUCGAUGUCAUCGGCUGGUUCCAGGGCCAGCAGAAGGUCAACGACGACGGUUGGGUCGAGGUUCACUGCCAUCCGCGCUCCGUCUCCGUCUGGGUUCCUGAAGACUCGAAGCACCGUCAAUUCUUUUAA